AUGUCCGCCUUGAGGACUUGCUAUCCGCCGCAGCACGCACAAACACGUCAGGCCACAAGCGGAAAUCACCAUCCGAUCACUGACGUAUCCGGGUCCAAGAGGCGGCGUUCCAAUAGCCAGAAGUCAAAGCUGGUCCAGACGCUGAAAGGAGGCUUAUUGGGCAGCACCAAGGCCAAGUCUAGUCUGUACAGCCGCGGCGAGGACCUGUGGGAGAAUAGGAUCUACUCCUGUCUGGUCGUUUCGCCAGCUGGCAGGGUGAUCAGCGACUUCAAGACGAUCAAGGAAUUGCUAGAGGCGAUGGGCGAUGUGAUCAAGGCUCAUCGAUCUCUGUACAAGACGGGCAACAUUCUCCACCGCAACAUAUCGUCCAAUAACAUCAUCAUUAUGAAGCCCGAGACGGCAGACGGCUUCAAGGGAAUGCUCAUCGGUUUCGACCUGGCGAAAGUGAGAGACAGCCCGAGUGGAGCACGGCACCAGACGGGUACGAUGCAGACCUUCAGUGCUUUUGUUGGGCAUUUAUUCCGACGUGGCUGA